GUAGUCCCUGGAUUACUUCAUGCAACAGCAUCACUACAUUUCCCGAGGUGCGCCGCGCCGCUGCGAAGCAGGGUGCAGAAGCGGUAAACAUGGCGAUCUUCAGUGUUUAUGUGGUCAAUAAAGCUGGCGGCCUGAUCUACCAGUACGACAGCUACACCCCGCGGGCAGAGGUCGAGAAAACAUUCAGCUUCCCGCUGGACAUCGUGCUCAAAACGCACGACGAGCGGGUCCUCGUCUCCUUCGGCCAGCGAGACGGGAUCCGGGUGGGGCAUGCCGUGCUCUCUAUUAACGGCGUGGAUCUGAACGGGAGGUGCACAGCGGACGGGAAAGACGUGAUCGAGUACCUGAAAGACCCCGUCAACUACCCGGUGUCCAUCCGCUUCGGCCGCCCACGCCUCACCUCCAAUGAGAAGCUGAUGCUGGCUUCGAUGUUCCACUCGCUGUUUGCAAUCGGGUCCCAGCUGUCCCCCGAAGUGGGGAGCUCUGGUAUUGAAAUGCUGGAGACAGACACCUUCAAACUGCAUUGCUACCAGACUCUCACAGGUGAGAAGCUGGCUGUGUUGUUAACAUGUGGAGGAACCCCAGCCUGGGCUACAGUCCUCUCUGUAGUUAGUAACAUACAGGAUCGUGCAAACCGCAAGAUUAUUUUCUGUUAAAAUGUUGCUGUAGCUUCACGCUCUGUAAACAAA